AGGCCAGUGGCGGAAAUGGUGAUUCACUGGACCAACUUGGUCCUUUAGCUGCAUCCACCUUUAGACAUCAUGUCAACAAGCAUGGAGGAGGAGUGGAGAUCCUCCUUCAAGUAGAGGAAGGAAUCGCCUUUAUUCUUAUAUUCUCUCCUGCCACCUUUAUUCUUCUUCAUCCGCUGCAGAUGAGAUGAGAUGAUAAGGAGAGUAGUUGGGCUGCAAUCAGAAGGGUCUUGUCUAAUUUCUAUAAUUGUAGCUCUCAUUCUGAUCGACUCAGACUCAGAGGCAUCUGCAGCUCUCGUUACAGUUUCCAGGUGGGAGAGGCGGCAUCGAUCAGUAGCAGUGAUGGGGAUGACCUUGUCAAGGCUGAUAAGGAUGUUGUUUGCCAAGAGGGAGAUGAGGAUUCUGAUGGUGGGUCUUGAUGCUGCAGGGAAGACCACCAUUCUCUACAAGCUCAAGCUCGGAGAGAUCGUCACUACAAUACCUACCAUUGGAUUUAAUGUGGAGACUGUAGAGUAUAAGAACGUCAGUUUCACUGUUUGGGAUGUUGGAGGACAAGACAAGAUCAGGCCGCUGUGGAGGCACUACUUCCAGAACACGCAGGGUCUUAUUUUCGUGGUGGACAGCAACGACAGAGAGCGUAUUCUUGAAGCCAGAGAGGAACUUCACCGAAUGCUAAGUGAGGAGGAGUUGCGUGAUGCAACAUUACUCGUAUUUGCAAACAAGCAAGAUCUUCCAAAUGCCUUGAAUGUUUCAGAAAUAACUGACAAGCUUGGACUACGAUCUCUUCGUGAGCGCCGAUGGUACAUUCAGAGUACCUGCGCCACUUCAGGUGUUGGACUCUAUGAAGGUUUAGAUUGGUUAUCCAACAAUAUACCUAAGGCAUAGGAGACCCUAUUGCUGAUCCUGAAGUUUUCACUUGUGUAUGCUGAACCUGUGUCACAGCAAGAGAAUAUGUUUGUGAAUGGAUUCAUAAUAAAGACCAAGUAAGCUAUAUAUGAUGAUUAUGAUCUAAUAAAGAGCUCAUGUAGAGCUUCUGCCUGA